AGCAUUAAAGCGGGGCCUAAUUACGAAGAUUAUGUUUUCUCAAUAAUUGAACCAUUAAAACAAGCAUUAUGAUUGCCUGAAACAGGUGAUAUGGUGCCUGUGCCCCCGAGUACAACAUGAUCUGGACGAAAAUAAUGAGGAAUGCCUCAUAUAACAUGUCGGCGAUGCCGUCCGGGAAAAGCCAGUUUUUGCUGACCGCGGCGGGGUGUCAAUGACAGCCCAGCCCAGCUGUCCAUCAGCUGGUUUGCGGGUGGGGUCAAAGGUGACACAAGAUGUAACCAAGUACUUCUGUAGAUGGGUUAGCCCUGCCGAGAGCGCGUUCUGAAAUCAAUUAACGCGACUGCCAGGUUCAAAGUCGCGAAGCAACAGAGAGCUUGGAAGAGGUCUUGCGUCGGUUUCUACCAUCCACCCACCUGUCGAAGUCAGCUAGGCACAACUCUGCCACAAUAUCUCUCCUAUACACCUGGAAGUCAGCACCAACUUCAAUUCGAUCAAGAUGGCUCUCAUAGUCGACAAGCAUCGGCCACGGUCUCUCGAUGCUCUGACCUACCACUCAGAGCUCUCUGACAGGCUGCGAUCAUUGGCACAAAGCGGCGACUUUCCUCAUCUCCUCGUCUAUGGGCCCUCGGGGGCUGGGAAGAAGACUCGUAUUGUUGCGACGUUGAAAGAGCUUUACGGUCCAGGAGUAGAAAAGAUUAAGAUCGAUGCGCGCGUCUUCCAAACGAGUAGCAACCGAAAACUCGAAUUUAAUAUCGUCGCUUCGGUAUAUCAUCUUGAAAUUACGCCAUCCGACGUGGGCAAUUACGAUCGAGUCGUUAUCCAAGAUUUGCUUAAGGAAGUUGCCCAGACACAGCAGGUUGACCAGUCAGCCAAGCAAAGAUUCAAGGUGGUCGUCAUCAACGAGGCGGAUCAUCUCACGCGAGAUGCUCAGGCAGCCCUGAGAAGAACAAUGGAGAAAUACAGCCCUAAUUUACGACUGAUUCUGCUCGCCAAUAGCACAGCCAACAUUAUUGCCCCAAUUCGGAGUCGAACACUUCUCGUCCGAGUCGCCGCCCCGACCGUGGACGAGAUUUCAGACGUAUUAGCCGACUCUGCCAAGCGCGAAGGUUGGCCAGUUGUGAAAGGUCUACAUAAAAGAAUAGCUGAAGAGAGCGGGAGAAACUUGCGGCGAGCUCUGUUGAUGUACGAGGCGGUUCAUGCUCAGAAUGAGAAAGUGACAGACACAACCCCUAUUCCUCCCCCAGAUUGGGAGGCUUUGAUAGCACAGAUUGCCAAAGACAUGAUGGAUCAACAUACACCGGCACAGAUCCUCGUGAUCAGAUCCAAGCUCUAUGACCUCCUUACUCAUUGCAUACCACCUACAACGAUCCUUAAGACGUUGACGUUCAAACUGAUCCCCCAAAUCGAUGACGACUUGAAAUGGGAAGUGAUAAAGUGGUCAGCCUUCUAUGAGCACCGAAUAAGAACGGGCUCCAAGGUUAUCUUCCACCUUGAGGCUUUCGUCGCCAAGUUCAUGCGAAUAAUUGAGAUGUACUUGAUGAGCAUGGACAUGUAGGCAGCGGCGAUGGGGACUUGCUCGGACUUCCCUAAAUGGGCUGGACCUCGCUCGGAGUUAAGGACUGUUGCACUAUGGGCAUAGGAGGCGUUUGGGUGCCAUGGCUAAUGGGUUUUGGUUGCAUCAUAUUCAGUACUUAAGUCCUUUCACGAAUCGUGGAUCCGGUAUCGGUAGAACCAAUGUGCCGUUGAGAUCCUAGGUUGGUUGUAGCAUAACCGAGACCCGGUGUGCUACCCCGGCGCAAACUCCUUUCCGCCGCAUCUGAGCAGCACAUACUACACAGUCAACCGCGAGU